CCCAAAAAUCUAUUCUGCGCCAGUGGUCCUGGAACUCUGCCUCCAUGGUUGAUGAACAAAGGACAAUGUGCUGCUAUGAUAUACACGCCAAAUGGCCCACCUCGUGAGCCUCAGAAAAGCCAGAAGAAGAAAUGUGCGAAUCCUACAGAUGCUCGCCCUGAGUUGCCCCAUUUGGCUAAAUAUGACAGUUACCCACAAGGGAGUAAGGAGCAUAGCAUUGCACAGCUGAUAUAUCUCCAGAAUGCAGAUGGCUCCUGGGAUAUGAACGAGGAUUUAGCUAAGAUUCUAGGUACUAGUUUGGAAGACAUGACAGCUGCACACCCUUCUGAGGUAUUAGAAGCCAAAGCCUGGGCUACAAUGCUGGCUGUGAUCUGGCUGCAUGCCAAUGGCAAGGACUUGAAGGACGAGUGGGAGCUUCUGGAAAGGAAGGCUGUGGUCUGGCUUCACAACAAUGCAGUCCGAGGCUUCAAAAAGCUUAUGCGUACUGCCAACAAGUUCUUGAAGACGUCUUUGAGUCCCUCGAUCUUCAAGUUAUGAGAAUGAUGCCCAGGAGAAGGGCAUUCUUUCCUGCCUCCUGCCACAUCCUUCAGCUCGUCUGCUAAGAUAGAUUUUUGUCUUGGGUACCUUAUCACUUGUAUCUUACUAUAAAAGUGAAGGACGUGUACAUUGCUUUGGCUAUCUGUUGUAGGUCUCACUGGAUAUAAAUGUGGGUGUCUGUGUGUCCCCUAUGGCAAGUGCUGGUAGGCAUA